AUGAUGGAAGAGUAUUUACCAGAAAUGCAAAGCACUCUGGAGCCAGUCAUUCUGUCCAAUGACUCCAAUUCCAGCUUCCCAGCCAACAAAAAACCUGAUAAAACACCUGAAAUGAAGGACAGCACUAACAUCUGUUGUACUGGAGAUGAUGCUAAUACCUUGGAAAGGGAGUCCAAAUUGCUCCCCUUGAACCAUGACUCAGCAGUGACUGAGCCAAGCAGCAAUGGGAGCCCGGUGGGACAACAGGAACAGCAGUGUGAUCACGGUGGAGGUGGGGACUGCUCUGCCAACAUGGGCUUUGAAAGAAAGGUGGAAGGCCCCAAGAAAACAGGCCAUUUUGCUGGCGGAGACUUCAAUCCCAAAUCUAAUGAGACAGAACAAUCCCUAAUGGAAAUACUACAGGAGCUAAGGGAGGAGUCUGACUUCAUGAAAAAAUCUACCGAUAAAAUCUAUUCGGAAAGCCCCUAUGAUACAGACUGUACAAAGAAGCUUAUUUCCACAAUACAUCAGACCUCACAGGAGGAUUUGCUCGAAGAAAUAGAAUCGGAACUUUUAUCUACAGACUUUUCAAAAGAACGCAAAUGCCCCAAUGGUGUGAGAAAGGGCGAACAUGCCCUGGCUGUGUUUGAAAAGUGUGUGCAAGAUAAAUAUCUGCAGCAGGAGCAAACUAUAAAGAAAUUGAUUAAAGAAAACAAAAAGCAUCAGGAACUGAUUUUGGAUAUCUGCUCAGAAAAGGACAAUUUAAAAGAUGAACUGAAAAAACGAACAGAAACAGAAAAGCAGCACCUCAACAUUAUUAAACAGCUAGAAGCAAGAAUAGAAGAGCUUAAUAAGGAAGUGAAAACUAGUAAAGACAAACUUUUAACCCAAGAUGCAGCAGCCAAAAAUGCUAUUCAGCAGUUGCAUAAAGAGAUGGCGUUUCGAAUGGACCAGGCAAACAAGAAAUGUGAAGAAGCACGCCAUGAAAAAGAAACAAUGGUGAUGAAAUACGUCCGAGGGGAGAAGGAAUCCCUUGACCUCCGGAAGGAGAAGGAGAUACUUGAGAGAAGGAUGAGAGAUGCAAACAAAGAAAUUGAAAAGCAUGCUAAUAAAAUCAAACAGCUUUCUCAAGAGAAAGGAAGAUUGCACCAGCUCUAUGAAACCAAGGAUGGUGAAGCCACUCGCCUGAACAGAGAAAUAGAAAAACUGAAAGAAGAAAUCAAUUCUCAUAUUAUCAAAGUGAAAUGGGCUCAGAACAAAUUGAAAACAGAAAUGGAUUCACACAAGGAAACCAAGGAUCGCCUUAAAGAUGCAACAACAAAAUUAACUCAAGCAAAAGAAGAAGCAGACCAGAUACGGAAAAACUGUCAAGAAAUGAUAAAAACCUAUCAAGUAA